UGUUUCUUCUCUCUCUCUCUCUCUCUCUCUCUCUCUCUCUCUCUCUCUCUCAAACACACACACACACACAAAAAAAAAAAACAUAGGUAUAAACGUAAAGAUGAGCGGCAUUAGUCUAAAAGGCAUUGGAGUGCUCCUUCUUCUUGUCCUUCUUGUUUUGUACUCCACUUUCGAUGUCUGUGAUGGGAGGAGAGGCAGGCAUUGGAGGCAAAAGAAGGCUCCAUAUUCCUCCUUGGCAAAAAAGAAAGGAAAGGGAAAGACAAGUGGAAGUUACCACCAUGGUGGCAGAGGCCAGUCAAGCCCGAAACCGAGCCCGAAGAACAGCCCGAGCAAAGGAUAUCCGACAGCCCCCAAAGCAGCGACGUUUGAUGUGCUUGAUUUUGGAGCGAAGGGUGAUGGUGUCACCGAUGACACUAAGGCAUUCGAGGCUGCUUGGGCUGCUGCUUGUAAAGUGGAGGCUUCAACCAUGGUUGUUCCAGCAAAAUUCCAAUUCGUCGUUAGGCCAAUCUCAUUCUCAGGACCUUACUGUCAACCCAAUAUUGUAUUUCAGUUGGACGGAAGGAUCGUUGCCCCAACAAGCUCCAAAGCUUGGGGUUCAGGCCUGCUGCAGUGGCUCCAGUUCACCAAGCUCAAAGGCAUAACCAUCAGAGGCAGUGGCAUUAUAGAAGGCCAAGGAAGCGUCUGGUGGACAAACUCCGAAUCCGAUGUUGACCCGAUUAAUGCUAAGCUCAGUGCAAAAAUGCCAGAGAUCAAACCAACAGCUCUGAGGUUUUAUGGGAGUUACGAUGUGACAGUCACAGGCAUAACUAUACAGAAUAGCCCACAAUGCCACCUUAAAUUUGACAACUGCGAAGCAGUUCAGGUCUUCAACAUGACCAUUUCUUCCCCUGGUAACAGCCUCAACACGGACGGAAUUCAUCUCCAGAACUCCAAAGAUGUAUCCAUCCAUCACAAUGAUUUGGGCUGUGGCGAUGACUGCAUCUCCAUCCAAACAGGAUGCUCAAAUGUAAACAUACACAAUGUGAACUGUGGACCAGGCCAUGGGAUUAGCAUAGGCGGACUUGGGAAGGACAACACCAAAGCAUGUGUCUCAAAUAUAACAGUAAGGGAUGUGAACAUACACAGCACAAUGACUGGUGUCAGAGUCAAGACCUGGCAGGGUGGCGCAGGCUCUGUUCAAAGCAUAAGAUUCUCAAAUAUAAAAGUCUCGGAGGUCCAAACACCUAUUGUCAUCGACCAAUUUUACUGUGACAGAAGGUCUUGCAAGAACCAGACAUCAGCAGUAGUACUGUCAAGCAUUGCAUAUGAGAACAUUAAAGGAACAUUCACAGUGCAACCAGUGCAUUUUGCAUGUAGUGACAGUAUGCCUUGUUCAGGCAUCAGCCUAACAGAGGUAGAGCUCAAACCACUGCAGGAACAUUACCACAUGUAUGAACCUUUCUGCUGGCAGGCCUAUGGGGAACUGUACACCCCAACUGUUCCUCCAAUUGUUUGUCUGCAAGCUGGAAAACCAACAAGCAACCGGAUCCAGUUCGAUCACGAUUCAUGCUGAGUUUGCUGACAAUGCCCCAGUCAAGCAAUAUUGGUGGAUACAUGCAUGCGGUCGUGAUUCUUCCGACCCCUUUGCACCACUGAUCAGAGUAUACAUAAAUAAAUAAAUAAAUCUAUAUAUAUAUAUAUAUGUAUGUAUGUAUGUAUGUAUAAGUUAUAAAAUUAGCGGCAUUACAGUUAUUACGACAAGUUCACAUUAAUUUCCCAUUCAAGGUGUACACUACUAUUGCUGAGCCUUAGGAUCACAUAAUAAUGCAUGGUCAUAAAGCCUGCUAUGGUGGAUACCACUUUCCCAUAUCCGGGGAAUAUAGACAUCACUUAUGCCAGAUUUGUAAUGGCUCAAUAUUUGGGAAGUAAAAGAGCAGCUAUGCUGAUUCUCCGCUUGUACAAAAAUAAACUACAUGAGCAUCAUGGCUAUCUGAAAGCAUUGGAUA